AUGCCUGGAAUACUGCCCAUGAAGGUCAUCAAGGUCGGCACCAGCGCCCAGAGCCGCAUCGCGCAGGCCUGCGACCGCUGCCGCAGCAAGAAGAUUCGCUGCGAUGGCGUCCGCCCGACCUGCUCACAGUGCGCCAACGUCGGAUUCGAGUGCCGCACCAGCGACAAGCUCUCCCGCCGAGCCUUCCCCCGCGGCUACACCGAGUCCCUUGAAGAGCGCGUCCGCGCCCUCGAGACCGAGGUUCGCGAGCUCAAGGACCUGCUCGACGAAAAGGACGAAAAGAUCGACAUGUUGUCCGCCAUGCACAAAGGCCCGGGACCCCGCCGCCUAUCGACGACCUCGGCGUCGCCCCCGGUUCAUCAGGACACAGGUGCGGCCAGUAGUGCGACCUCGAGGGAGUCAACUUUCGACAACGAGGACACAUUCCGCGUUCAAGCAUCGCCACUAUUACUAGGCGUGGAGAAUUCCGACGCCUACUUUAUGGGCGCCUCCAGUGGCCGCACAUUCAUUACCGCCCUCAAACGUAAACUGCAACAAAGCGGCAAACCCUGCACCGAAUUCAAUCCCGAGGCUUUUCUGCAUGUGCAAGGCUGCCCGCCUCUCACGCCUAACCCACCCGAGGCUUCCCUCAGGAUACCACCUCGCCUCUUCACUGACCGAUGCGUCAACGUCUACUUUCAGGAAUGGGCCUCCCUCUUCCCCGCCCUUCACAAGCCCACCUUUUUGCGCGUCUACGAGGAGUUCGUUGCCGAUCCCGAAAAGGUCAAGUGCAAUUACAAGAUCGCCCAGCUCUACCUCGUCUUUAGCCUUGCCGGUCUGUCGUCCUCAAACCCUGACCUGGAACAGCUGGCAGCAUGUGAGCGCCAGUGGACCGGCGCCUUGGAAGCGGUAUUGCUGGAGAACACCAUGAGCGCCCUCCAGUGCCUCGUGCUUGCGCUACUGUACUGCUCUCUCACUGCCGAUUAUAGACGCCUGCAGCAUUACAAGUCCAUAGCCGUCGGCCUAGCCUAUCGCCUCGGACUUCACCAAAGCCAAAAGCGAUUUUCUUUUGGUGCACUGACACUUGAAACGCGGAAAAAGGUCUUCUGGACGCUUUAUACUGUAGAUUGCUUCUCUGCCGCCACGCUCGGCCUCCCUAAACUCCUGCGUGAAGACGACCUACAGGUCGAAUACCCCUCUGACACAGAUGACGAGUACGUCACCGAAAAGGGCUUCCAGCCUACUCUUCCCGGCGAGCAUACUCGCUUGUCGAGUGCUUUGGCCCUCUUCCGCGCCACCCGCAUCCUGGCCAAGGUUCUUGAGAAGAACUACCCGUCUGCUACCACCUACGACCUCUCGUUACAGCAAAUGAAUGCGCUGGAGAGUGAGUUGGAUGGUUGGUACGAUGCACUACCGGCGCACCUACGGCUGAGGUUUGCGCAAGACAAGCCGUCCACUGAUGUUACCGGAAGCCGAUCACCUCUUUUGGCUCUUGCAUACUACUUUAUCCGCACCCUCAUCUACCGACCUGCCAUUGGCUCUGGCUUGGGUUACAAGGCGGCGCCGGCGCUCAUGUCCAUUGCGGACUCUAGCAAACACAUCAUCCAAAUUUCCGAGCUUCUAGAGGAGCGCAACCUAUCGUUCUCUUUUUGUCUGAACAAGGGGGAUCUGCUUACUAUCAGCGCGCUGGCGCUGCUGUACCAAGUCGUGGACCUCAAGGCAGAGAGCAAGCUUGCCCAAGAAAAUCAGCGUCUCGUCAACUCCGUGGUGAGCACUGUUGAUCGAUUACGCUCACCUGGCUGCGUUGAUCUGCGACGAAUCGCGGGCACUCUUGUGACUGUGGAGGGAGCUUCACUGCCAUCUCCCGCUUCUUCAUUGUCCAGUCCGCGCCGCGACUCAACAUCCAUUCUGCCCACAGCAGAGCAGCCCAGACGACGAAAGAGCUCCGGUGAUAAGAAACAGAAACAACUACAACCACAACACGUCCCUACCCUGCAGGACAAAUCGAGACGUUUGACGAUGCCGGUACUGGCCUCGCCCGACCCUGAACUCGAACUGGCGCGCAGCCGCGGCUCCUUUGACAGCGUCCAGUCAGACCGUUUCGCCCGGACAGAAGACUACAUGUGCAUGUCUCAGCUGCCGACCGGCAGCCAACACGCGAAUCCACCUCUACUGGCAACCCGGCCGAACCUUGACUACCUCUCCCUCCAUACGACGCCCGACAACGGAUCACGAUCACAGUCGCCGCCCAGCGCCAAGGCCCUACCACCGCAGCCGCAGCUGCCGCUGGACCACCAGGCGCAGGUGCACCUGGCCAACAUGAUGAGCAACACGCAGUUUUCGAGCAAGGCGGUCGCCGGCGUCAGCAACAACGAGUGGGAGGCGCUGCUGGGGUCGAUGGACAGCGGCCUGGACAACGUCUACAACGCCAUCUACGGGGGCGCGACGGUCGUGCACGGGGAGCCGCCGGCGAUGCUCGCAGCGGCGGGCAAGGCGAGCAGCGAGUGGUCGCCGGACUCGUGGGACCUGAGCAGCUUCAGCCUCGGCGACUUCACGGCGUCGGAGGCGCCGCAGAGCGUGCUGAGCUUGAGCGACGAGAGCCUGAGCUCGGGCGAGGAGGUCUCGCCGCCGGCGGUGGGUCAGCAGCAGCAACGGCUGGGAGGGGGGUAUCAAAAGCAGAUGCAGGCCGCGGGGGCCGAGCACUUUAAUAUGGAUGCGAUUGACGGUUAUUUGAUUUAA